UAACUAUGCAUGUUCAUUUUAUGGGCAUAUCAUGUGUGUAGUUGUAAUAGUCAAACAUCAAUGUUUACGUAACAGCAGGUAACAGUCAAUUACAGCUGUGUGGUGAAUGUUUACGAACUGCCGGUAACAGCUAUGUGUUAAAUCUAAAAUUGUACGUAUUCGUGUGUUGGUAAUUAGUGACCGUUCGUUACGCUGCUAGCAGAUUGAGAUUUUGAGAUCUAAACAUGUCAUUUUAUAUAAGGAAUUUGGGAAAAUAUGUGUCAAAAACUAUAAAUGGUUUUGGUAAGGAUGUGGGGAAAUUCAGUUAUUUCAAAUUAAGUGUAGUUAAACGUAAUUGCAUAUCAGUCAUAAAUCGCAUCAGUUGUAAUUCGAAUCGUAUGUGCUACCAAAACAAUAUAACCUCCAGAGGUGCCACACGCUACAACAAAGAUUGGAGUUCAUUGAACAGUAGACUGUUGUUUGUGUCAGCAGGGAUUUUUAAUUUAUUUGGCCUGAAAAAGGUUGAUCCAACAGAAGAACCUGAACUAAUUACUACUAUGAAGAGGGGCAUUCUACUUACACAGAAAGGAGAAUUUAAAAAAGCAGAACAGAUGUUUCAUGUUGCUUUAAAAUUGGCUCAGGAACAACAAAAUUAUGUUGCUGUUACCCAUAUCUACGAUCUGCUUGCAAAUCUGGCAUAUGAACAAGGAGAACAUGAAAAAGCAGAAAAAUUGUUUGUUAGUGUAAUGCAGCGUUUGUUGUCUACAGGUACACCUAAAACAGACAACAAACUGAUUCAUAUAAGUCUCAAACUUGCAAAUAUUUACAGAAUUCAAAAGGAUACCAGGAAAGCAGAAGAAGGAUUUAAGUUCUGUGCUUCAAAUCUCCAGAAUAAUAUUGAGGAAGGAAAAUAUGAUGAUGACACACUAUUGUUGUGGGCAAUGACACUGGAUUGGUAUGCAAGAUUUCUAGUGGAUGUGAAUCGUCUGCCAGAAGCAUUUGAAAACUUCAAGAGAGCAUAUGACUUGUGUGUGCAAAUAAAUGGUGUGAACAAUGAAGAAAUAGUUAUAUUGCUAAAUGACCUUGGCACAAUCUGUUUUGUUCAGAAUGACUUAGACAAUGCAAUUUCUUAUUUGACUCAAGCUGUCACAAUUGGAAAUAAGCUUCCAGACAUGGAGGAUUUUGGCUCAGUUUUAAUUAAUCUUGGGACUAUGUAUGCUAAGAAAGGAAUGAUGGAGGAAGCCAAACAACUUUAUCAAGAUGCAUGGAAAAAUGCUAAAGAGCACAACAAUGCUCAAGUCUUGAAAGAAGCCAGUUCAUGCUUAGAUGAAUUGAAAUCCUCAAAGACUGCACAGCAGUAGUCCACAUUAAAAUUGGAAUUUCCAUCAGCCCAAGAUCAAUUUUCUUGUGUGCAACUUUAUCAGUUGUAUUGUAAGUCAAUAUUAGUUCUGUAUAUUGCUACUUGUAAUGUUAAAGUGAAUUUAAAAUAAAAU